UGAGCAGGCAAAGCCAGUUCUGGGUACAGUCAGCCCCAGAGAUUCUCAUUUUCACCCGAGUUCAAUCAGUGCUGGGGUGGGAGAGGAACAAAAGACCUCACAAAUGACUAAAAUGUAUUGCCCUGGAGAACCAGGACCUACUGAUGUGUGUAACCUGAGGCAAGGAGAUGUUACACAGGAGAUGCCUGCUGCAGCCUCCCCCAGUGAGGUCCCUGUCUGUGUGGAGUCCGGGUGCUGUGUGAUCCCUGGGCUGGCAGAGCCCAAGAGUGGGGAAUUGGCAGAGGCUGAGGCCUCCCCAAGUGAAACCCCUUUUUGUGUGGAGUCCGGGUGCUGUGUGACCCCUGGGCUGGCAGAACCUGAGAGUGGGGAAUUGGCAGAGGCUGAGGCCUCCCCAAGUGAAACCCCUUUUUGUGUGGAGUCUGGGUGCUGUGUGACCCCUGGGCUGGCAGAACCUGAGAGGAGUUGCUGCAAACCUGCUAGUUUGGCAGAGGCCGAGGCCUCCCCCAGUGAAACCCCUGUCUGUGUGGAGUCCGGGUGCUGUUUGAUCCCUGGGCUGGCAGAACCCAAGAGUGGGGAAUUGGCAGAGGCUGAGGCCUCCCCAAGUGAAACCCCUUUUUGUGUGGAGUCCGGGUGCUGUGUGACCCCUGGGCUGGCAGAACCCAAGAGUGAAAAAGGUUGCAUGGAGGAGAGAGAGGAGGAUCUCCCAUCACCAGUGGACUGGCUGCUGGUUAGAGAGGAUCAGAGCUAUGACUUAAGCACAGAUAAUGGGAAUGCCCAAGUCUGGUCCAUCUGCCCAGGAAAUAGUGGGCUGCAAGAACUUAAGGUGCCAAGCGGCAUGGAAUCCAAUCCAAGUGACCAGAUGAUUAUGAUUGGCUGGAACAUACCAAUCUGUUACCUGCCCAUCCCUGGAUUUGCUUUUUUCCACCAAGCCAGUGCUAUCUGGUAA